AACCAAAUGUUUCUGUCAGCACAACAAUCUGUGGUGUUCAACACACAUUUUUGGAAGUGGAUUAAAAAAAAUUCCAGCAUAGCUUGUGUGCUGCAGCUCAUUCAAGAUGGUUGUGCCUGUCUACCUUGGAAGCAUGGUUCUGUUUUGCCUGUUAAGUGUAGCAGUAAACUCUCCAUCUUUUCCAAGAGGCCGCAGCUAUGGCUAUGUUGAGAGUGGACAGCGUCUCACUGAGGAGCCCCAGUACUACAGAUCUGCACAUCACCCUAGCCAGCAUGACCAGGUCCACAGUUCCUCAGCCUGGAGUAGCACUUUUCCUGCUGACUUCAGGUCAAAAGGUACUCCAGUAGAUUUCCGCCUAGCUAUUCCCUUCCAACGCCUCUCAAGUCCACUGACAACCUCUACCAGUAGUCCUGGCUCUAAUCAGAAAGGCGGCGCCCCUAGUGCUGGUCCUGCUCAGGGUGGCCCAGACCCAAACCAAGAUGAGUCUGCCCCCAGUGGCUCUGACACCCAGAGAGAAGUUUCCCAUAGCCCCAUUGGAAAGAUCCAGGGUGUAAAGGGCCGUUGGGUUUUUAUCCCAGAUAAGAUGGAGCCCACUAAUUUUGCCAAAACCCAGACUGGAAAGACCAACUCUCCCAAACCCAUCACUGCCAUUUACCCUAUUCCCUUAGCCACUGGUCCCCCCCAGUAUGGGACAAAUCCCAGUGGCUAUUACCCACGUGCUACACCUUUCCCCAUGUAUUAUCCAAACCCAACUUCUUCAGUUUACCCUAUUCCAAUGUGGUAUGGUCCCACUCAGGAUGUUAAGGUUUCCAGUGGUUAUAACCCAGGCCAGGUAAAGCCUCCCACCUCUAACUUUGGCAAAGGACAAAUUGGGCAAGCCAUCUCUCCCAAACCAACCACUGCAGCUGGUCCUGCACCGGUUGGCUCAAGUACCCCUCAGCCUGGAAAUGUUCCCAGUGGACAUUACCAAGAUCUGAAGAACCCCACUUCCACCCAUUUUGGGGGACCCCAGACUGGAGGAGGACAGGCUGGUAAGAAACCCUCUCCUGUCCAGACAGGAAGUGAACCUGAUUCCUCCAGAAUGGAAAGCUCUCAAAACCGCAGACCUGCACCCCAGAGAUAUACCCCCAGCUAUGGCCCUCCUUAUAGUGUAGGUGGUCAAUAUACAUAUAAACCCCCAAUACCAAUCAAACCUGACCCUGUGCCCACCAAUGUUGGCUAUGGACAAAAUGGAGGAGCUCCUAGUGAUUACUACUACUCGGGUCAGGAAAACCUCUCCCUGGGUUAUUUUGGCAAAAGACUGACUCAACAAACUAUGCCUCCAAAACCUACCGUUGACCCUGUGCCCAAUACCUCUGAUCCUACCCACUAUGGAAACGAUUUCCUAGUUCAGACUAAACCUUCCAUCUCAAAUUCAGGAAUAGGCCAGGCUGGUAAGAAACCUUCAGUCCAGAAAGGUAGUGAACUUGGUCCCCCAAGCCACCAAAUAAGACCUGCCCCCCAGAGUUAUACCCCCAGCUAUGGCUCGCCUUAUAGUAUGGAUAGCCAAUAUACAUUCAAUCCCCCCAGUCAGAAAAAGCCCUCCACCUCCCAUUCAGGAAGAGACCAUGAUGGUAAGAAACCCUCUCCUGGACCAAAUGCUGGCCCUGUUUCUGAACUUGAUCACUCCAUCACAGGAAGCUCAGGCAGCAGACCUGCACCACAGAGUUAUACCCCCACCUACGAUGCUCCUUAUAGUGUUGGUAGCCAAUAUAACUUCCGAAGGCCAGUCAAUCCUGACAAAACAGACUAUCAUCGAGACCCUGUGCACUCCAAUGUUGGCUAUGGCCAAAACGUAGCUCCUAGUGGCUACUACUACUCUGGUCAGGAACAACCCUCUACCAGUUAUUUUGACAAGGCACAGACUGGACAAACCAGGCCUCCCAAGCGUGUCGUUGAAGCAAAACCUUACCCCAGCCAACCUGCCUCGGCACAAAGUACAGCUGACCCAAGUAAAACCUCUGCUGCCCAACCUUCUGCCAGCCCUUACAGUAUGUAUGGUCAGUAUAAUUAUCCAAGGCCAGUAACACCUGACCAGAAUAGAGGAGCUUCUAGCGGCUACUACUUGGGUCAGCAGCAACCCUCCACCAAUUAUUUUAGUCAAGGACCGACUGGCCAACCCAUGCUUCCCAUAUCCAUCAUUGAUGUGGACCCUGUCCCCUAUCCUACCCACUAUAGAACCUUUUACCCAGGGCAGACCCAACUUUCCACCACCAAUUCAGGAAGACGCGGCCAGGUUGGUAAGAAUCCCUCUCUAGGUCAGCAAGGUAGUGAACAUGGUUCCCCAAACCGCAAAUACAGCAGACCUGUGCCCCCUACUUAUAGCCACGUCUAUGGCUCCCUUUAUAGCGUAGGUGGCCAAAAUCCAUAUAACCUCCCAAUGCCAGUCGAACCUGAACCUGUGCCCACCAAUGUUGGCUAUGGCCAGAAUGGAGAUACUCAAGAACAGCCUGAACAAACAAUGCAUACAAAACUGACUGUAACUGACCUUGUGCCUAAUCUGUUUCUUACUCGGCAUGGAAACUAUUACACAGGUCAGAAACAACCCUUCACCCCCAAUUCGGGAAUGGGCCAAGCUGGUAAGAAACCCUCUCCUGCUCCAAUGACUGAACCUGUUUCUGAUAACGGCCAGAGAGGUAGUGAACUUGUUUCCUCCAGCUAUGAAAGCCCCCAAGGCAGCAGACCUGCACGCCCACAUUAUAUCCCCAGAUAUGGCGUUCCUUAUAGUGUUGGUAGCCAAUAUAACCUCAGAAGGCCAGUCAAUCCUGACAAAACAGACUAUCAUCGAGACCCUGUGCACUCCAAUGUUGGCUAUGGCCAAAAUGUAGCUCCUAGUGGCUACUACUACUCUGGUCAGGAACAACCCUCUACCAGUUAUUUUGACAAGGCACAGACUGGACAAACCAGGCCUCCCAAACAUGUCGUUGAAGCAAACGCUUACCCCAGCCAACCUGCCUUGGCACAAAGUACAGCUGACCCAAGUAAAACCUCUGCUGCCCAACCUUCUGCCAGCCCUUACAGUAUGUAUGGUCAGUAUAAUUAUCCAAGGCCAGUAACACCUGACCAGAAUAGAGGAGCUUCUAGUGGCUACUACUCGGGUCAGCAGCAACCCUCCAUCAGUUAUUUUAGUCGAGGACAGACUGCCCAAACCACACGUCCCAUACCAAUCAUUGAUGUUGACCCUGUCCCCUAUGCUUCUACCCUCUAUCGAACCUAUUACCCAGGGCAGAUCCAACCUUCCACCACCAAUUCAGGAGGAGGCCAGGCUGGUAAGAAACCCUCUCCAGGUCAGCAAGGUAGUGAACAUGGUUCCCCAAACCCCAAAAGCAGCAGACCUGUGCCCCAUAGUUAUACCCCUGGCUAUGGUUCCCCUUAUAACGUAGGUGGCCCAAGGCCAGUAACAUUUGCCCAAACAGACUAUUACCCUGUGCCCUCCAAUAUUGGCUAUGACCAGAAUGGAGGAGCGCCUAGUGGCUACUACUCCUCAGGUCAGGAAAACCCUUCCACCAGUUAUUUUGGACAAUCCAUUCCUCCCAAAGCUUUCAUUAAAGCAAAACCUUACCCCAGCCAACCUUCCUCUGCACAAAGUACAGAUGACCCAAGUAGGAACUCUGCUGUCCAACGUCCAGCCAGCUCUUCACAGCCCUGGGACCACAAAACUGCUUUGGAAGUCAACAUGGUUGUACCUUUUCACAGUGGCUUAAACCCAAAUGCAGCCAACCAGUUCGCCCAGAUUGCCAGUGAUUCAAGCAACAUGAAGGCUGAGAGUGGCGAAGAACCUAGUCCUGUCCAACCCACUCCUGCAUCAGCUGAAGGUGGUGACAUCCCCAGUGAAGAGCCUAGUCCUGUCCAACCCACUCCUGCAUCAGCUGAAGGUGGUGACCUCCCCAGUGGUGAAGAGCCUAGUCCUGUCCAACCCACUCCUGCAUCAGCUGAAGGUGGUGACCUCCCCAGUGGUGAAGAGCCUAGUCCUGUCCAACCCACUCCUGAAUCAGAUGAAGGCGCAGGUCCCAGAGGAUUCAUGCCACAAAUACUUCCUCAGAGAAACUACGCCCAGUCCUGGAGUGGAAGCUCCCGUGGUGAUGUCGUUCCAGGAAGACCUGAAUUCAGGAUGAAUUAAGUGCAGGCUCUGCGAUCUCCUGACCAUGAACUUCAAUUCUCUACAGCACUUUGAUUACCAAUAAAUAAUUAAAUAUUUCACCGGAA